GACAGUAAAGGUAACAGAAUUGGUCAAUGGACAAAUGUUUCUUCAACAAGCUGGAUUUUGCAGCGUUCUUAUGAAUUAAACCCGGAAAGCCAUCAAGGUGUGUACAGACUGAAGGCUUAUAUUGGUGACAGGAUGAUCUCACAUGAUUUUGAGGUGAAAAAAUAUGUUUUGCCUAAGUUUGAAGUUACUGUUACAGCACCAGAGACAGUGAGCAUAGAUGAUGAGUUAAUGGCAGUUGAGGUUUGUGGAAAAUACACGUACGGGCAGCCUGUAUCUGGUAAAUCAUGGGUGAAAGUGUGUCGUGAUAUUCCACGCUACUCUCACAGGCAUGACAAACACAGUCCAAUAUGUGUGAAUGAAACCACUGAGAUGAAAAAGACAGGCUGUGCCAUCCAUACCUUAGAUAUAUCUACCUUUUUAAACUCAACAUAUAAUGAUCGACUAGAAAAUUCUCUUCAUGUUGAAGCAACAGUCACAGAAGAAGGAACAGAGAUCACCAUGACAAAAUCUGAAACUAUAUCUCUCACUUAUGAAAUUGGAAAAUGCACACUUACUGACAUGCCCAAAACAUAUGAACAUGGAUCAGUUAUAGAAGGAAAAAUCAAACUCUCAAAUUUCAAAGGCGCACCAAUACAAAACAAAGUGGUUUAUCUUUUGGAGGGUGAAACCUGGUCCUCAAAACUGCUCCUAAAUCUCACUACAGACAGU